UUUAUACAUAUAAAACCAUUUCAAAAUGAGGAUUUUAUCUUUAUACAAAUCUCACUUCACCAAACUUGCUUCGAGACGUAACUUUCAUCGAACUGCACCAGUUUUGAAUCUUCUUAUUGAAAAGCCUGAAUUCUCGUGGCUCAAAGAUCUCGGAUUAGAAUCUGACAAUAAAGGUGUUUUUGAUGGCCAGUGGAAAGCAGGAAGCGGACAGGUUGUUGAAUCAAUCUGUCCAUCAAACAAUGAACCAAUAGCAAGGAUAUCAACAGGCACCAUAUCAGACUACAACCAGGCUGUGAAUAAUGCAAAGGAAGCUUGGCAAGUCUGGUCUGAAGUCCCUGCACCACAGAGAGGAGAGAUUGUUCGACAAAUCGGACAUGCUUUGAGAGAGAAACUUCAACUUCUUGGGAAAUUAGAGGCUCUAGAGGUUGGCAAAAUUGCACUGGAAGGGGUCGGAGAGGUCCAAGAGUUCAUUGAUAUCUGCGACUAUGCUGUGGGAUUGUCAAGAAUGCUGCCUGGACAAGUGUUCCCCUCUGAAAGACCAGGGCAUGCACUGCUUGAGACGUGGAACCCAGUAGGUCUGGUUGGUGUGAUCACAGCAUUCAACUUUCCUAUCGCUGUCUAUGGCUGGAACGCGGCUAUUGCACUUACAUGUGGCAACAGUGUCUUAUGGAAACCUGCUACAACUGUCAACCUUUCAACGAUCGCUGUCAACAAAAUCAUGGUGGAUGUCUUGGAAUCAAAUAAUCUUCCUCCAGCUGUCUGUUCUUUAGUGUGCGGGGGAGCAGAUGUUGGUGAAGCACUGGCAAAUGAUAGCAGAGUGGAUCUUGUGUCUUUCACAGGCAGUACACCAGUGGGUAGAAAAGUUGGCACAACAGUUCAAAAUCGUUUUGGAAGAAAAAUCUUGGAGUUGGGUGGAAAUAAUGCUGUUAUAGUAAUGGAUGAUGCAGACCUAGAUCUUGUUGUCGUGGGAACGUUAUUCGGAAGCGUUGGGACACAGGGUCAGCGAUGCACGACCACUCGAAGAUUGAUUGUUCACGAGAAAGUUUACGACCAAGUUUUAGAAAGGUUGAAGAAAGCGUAUAAACAAGUUCGAAUUGGAGAUCCAUUGGAAGAUGGAAUCCUUUAUGGACCAAUGCAUUCAAAAGCUGGCGUUGAUCUUUAUAAAAAAACAGUCGCUGAGGCCAGAGCACUCGGUGGCACUGUUGAGGUGGGAGGUGAGGUCAUCGACAGACCAGGAAACUAUGUCGAGCCCACAAUUGUUACAGGACUUGCUCAUGACAGCCCUCUAGUGCUGAGAGAAUCAUUUGUACCCGUACUCUUCGUGUUAAAAUUGAAGGGAGGCAUUGAUGAAGCUAUUCAAUGGAAUAAUGAAGUUGAACAAGGUCUAUCAAGCGCAAUCUUUACUAAGAACUUGAGCGACGUUUUCAAAUGGAUGGGACCAAAAGGAUCUGACUGUGGUCUUGUGAAUGUUAAUAUCGGUACAAGCGGAGCAGAGAUUGGAGGUGCGUUCGGAGGUGAGAAGGCCACAGGAGGAGGCAGAGAGUCAGGAUCAGAGGCAUGGAAGCAAUACAUGAAAAGAUCGACAUGCACCAUCAACUACAGUAAAGACCUUCCUCUUGCACAAGGAAUUAAGUUUGAAUAAGCGAUCGGAGCAGUGGAGAUAUCUAUGCAGAUCUUGCCUGAAUCCUGCUUGAAAAAUAUUAAUAACUUGUUUAAAUCGUGUUUAGAGUAUGUGUGGGCUUUCACAAAAUAGUAGUUUUUGUUGUGAGUCUGAAGUGGAAUUGUACAGGUGUGUGUUGGUUACUUUUUUUCAUCCUGAAAGCAACAAAUUUGAAUAACUUGUGGGUGCAAUUUUCCGAUUGAAGUGUUGAACUCCGCCAUCUUGGCAUUAUAGGUUGGAAAACUUGGCUUUAAAUUUCAUGCCUACUAUCUCACCUAGAGUAUAAUGAAUUCGGUAGGCAAUGUUGAAUUAAAAUUUUUUUAAUCUUUUCAAAAUAUAGCAGCUCUUUUCCUAUACAUUUCUACUUGUUUGGAGUGGAAAACAUUUUAUAAAAAAAAACAUUGAACUAAAUUUGGAUCUUAAUAAGAAUUACUUGAAAUAAAAAAAACUUCAUUGCUUCAUUUGCAUCUGUAACCCAUAAUUUUCAGUAACUCGACAAAAAACUAAGCCAAAAAGAUUUAUUAGUUACUAAUGGUGUCACAUUUUAUGUUUUUUGGAAAAUUACAUUUUUGUAAUAGUUUGGUUCCAACAGCCAAAACCAAAACAGGCACAAGGCAUUACCUAAAAUCAAAAGUAAAACAGGUACAGCCUUGAGACCAAAAAAUGGCCCCUGGUCCAUGUUUUUUCCAAAUAACAUAUAUAGUUUGACUUUAUUAUUAUCUUCAUGUUAGAUAUUCUUAUGGGUGCCGCUGCUCAAUAACAAAUUUGUUUCCCGCGGCCCCUCAAACUAAAAUGCUUUUUCAUAGUUUAUUGUAAUUUGUAUAGUUAGUGUGUUCUCAGUAUGGUGAUAAAAACAUUACUGAUUACUAUAUACAAUUCUGAAAAAUUAGACAUAUGCUACUUUGGUUUUAACGUGGCAGUGUACUGUCAUGCAUAUUGGUUGUGCCUUUAUUCCUUUACUUUGAAUCAAUGCUCUUCAAACAUCAGU